AUGGCGUCACCGCCCUCGGGCACAGGCAGGCCCCAAUGGCGAAACAGACCCUUUUCCUUUCUCACCGACGGGAUCAGUUUCAUCGGAGCAGCCAUGGCGGCUUUUCUACUCGUCUGGGUUCUCUCGUCUUUCGUAAAUCCUAAACCCAGUCCCGGCCCUAAUGAAUUUUCUACGUCAGUCAUCGACACGAAGACGACUACCACCACGGAGGCCUUCACCGCCAAAGACUGCAACAGCGUUAACCAAUGCCACGACCCACCUACUCCAACCUUCUACGACGACCCCAGCCUAAGCUACAUGGUGGAUGCCGGGAAACCGAUGAAGAACUGGGACGAGAAAAGGAAGGAAUGGCUGAAGCACCACCAGGCGUUCGCGGCUGGAGGAGGAGGAGGAGUGGAGGAUCGGAUUCUGCUGCUCACGGGGUCGCAGCCGUCGCCGUGCAAGAACCCGAUAGGUGACCAACUGCUUCUGAGGUUCUUCAAGAACAAGGUGGAUUACUGUAGAAUCCAUGGGUACAACAUCUUUUACAACAACGCGCUGCUCCAUCCGAAGAUGAAUGGAUGCUGGGCGAAGAUACCGAUGGUGAGGGCGGCGAUGUUUGCUCACCCGGAGGCGGAGUGGAUAUGGUGGGUGGACUCAGAUGCCGCAUUCACGGACAUGGAGUUCAAGUUGCCCCUACACAAGUACAGGGAGCACAACCUGGUGAUCCACGGUUGGCCCGACGCGAUAUUCGGCAAGGAUCCGAGCUGGUUGAGCAUAAACGCUGGGGUUUUCCUAAUCCGGAAUUGCCAGUGGUCCAUGGACCUGAUGCAGGAGUGGGCAUCCAUGAGCCCACUCACACCAGCCUACGAGGAGUGGGGUCAGAGGGAGAUGUCCACCUUCAAGGACAAGGUGUUCCCGGAUUCGGACGACCAGUCAGCCCUAGUGUACCUGAUGCUCAAGGGGAAUAAGCGGUGGAUGGAGCGGAUCUACGUGGAGACCGAGUUCUACUUCGAGGGCUACUGGUUGGUGAUCGUGGGUUCGCUGCAGCACAUCCAGGAGCAGUACGCGGAGAUGGAGAGGAGGGUGCGCGUACUGAGGAGGCGACACGCGGAGGUGGUCAGCGAACACUACGGAGAGACCCGAGAGGCGUACCUGAAGCGGGAAUGGGCCAGGAAAGGCGGCAAGGGCAGCUGGAAGAGGCGUCCCUUCAUUACGCAUUUCGCCGGCUGUCAGCCAUGCAGUGGAGACCACAACCAGAAGUUUUCAGGGAAGAGCUGCUGGCAGGGGAUGGAAAGCGCCCUCAACUUCGCCGACAAUCAGGUACUCCGCAGCUUUGGCUUCGUGCAUCCUCACCUGCAGAAUUCCUCAGUGUCGCCUCUGCCGUUUGAUUACCCCACCGAAGCAUGAUCCGCCCUACUUAAUACCUCAUUGGUAACUGAUGAU